AUGGUGAUUGAAGGCUGGCUUGAGCCAGAGCGCAUUGUCGUUGCGUCUGCAGGUUCCGGUAGUUCGCCGGCAGUGUCUGGCUCGGUGGCUGCCUCGACGAGGCCGCCCCUGCCGUCUGCACCAAAACCGCUUCCCUCCGUGCCCGAGGCCUUGAAUCCACCAAAGCCGGCUCUACCUGUUGCAGAGCCUCAACCUCCCGCUGCGGCUGCUCCUCACGCGCACGCUCCUGCAGGCCCUGCUCCUGUUGCUCCUGUUGAGUCUCCGGCUCCCCUCGUCGUUGUUGAUGCCCCUCCGGGCACCCCGAUCCUCGCUGCGCCACUUGCCUCUGUCGCCCACGCUGCACCGCUCGCUCCCGUUGGUUUGUCGCCGCCGGCGGUGUCCACCACCACUGGCGGCCCGGGCCCAGUUGAGGUGGGGGGGGGGGGCGUUGCGCAGCCAGCUCCCGUCCUACCGAUUGCGGCGGUAUCGGUGCCUCCCCCGGACGUCCAGGCGGCUCCUGUUCCUGCGCCGCUCGCUGCUGCUCCCCCUGCUCAGUGUCAGCCAUCUCCGGGCCGCCGGCAGCAUCGGCCUCACUCCCCUGCGCCACGUGACGAGCGGGAGACGACGCGGUGGCGACACGAUUCUCCUCGGCGCCCCGUUCCUCCUCCUCCUGCUCCCUCUGCAUCUGUUGCUGCUCUUGGGAACCGUAUGCGCCUGCCGUGGGUUCCUCCUGUGGCGGGUAUGGAGUUCGUGACCGCAGGAGGAGGACCGGUGAUGGCGCAGUAUCCAUCUCUACUGCCCGUGGCUCCUCCUCCUCCGGCUGCUGUGCUACCUCAGCAGACACUGGUGGGGCCAUCUCCAUCAGCCGUGGUGUCUGAGGCGUCUCUAGGGCAGUUGUGGCGCCUCUCUGAGGGCCUGCGGGCUGUUCACCUGAUUCAGGUGUAUGGUCACGCAGCGCUCUCCCAGGGUGUUCCUCUGGAUGGAGGCCCUCGGGACGAGUGCUUGGAUGCCGCUGAUCGGCUGGGCGAGCUCCUGGCGCCCGUGUUGGCUGCUCUCGCGCGGGGUGGAGUUGCGGCGUUGUACAGCUUGGGACUGCAGUCCGUGGUUUGCGCCGGUUCUUGCGCGCAGGGACUGCAGUCGACUUGA